CGAUAAUCAAAAAGUCAGGUCCAAUACUCUCUAUCCGCUCGCCCUUCUCUCUUCCUCGCACCUCGCCUCUUUCGUCCACCAAGCGCGCCCCCCCCGUCCCGUCUCUCUCAAGCGCUAUGCGUCAGGGCCGAAGCUGGCAUCGCCAAACAAAGCAAUAAGAACUCCGGGUCGUACCUUGGCUCGUUUCGCAUACCACGCACGCGCUGCCUCGACCCGCCAACAAGCCGCCCGCCCCCUCGCCCUCUCCCACUCUCGCUCGCACGCUCGCGCACCCCCAAACGGGCGCAGACAGCAACAAACUCGCACGUCUCGCGUCGCCGCGUCUUGCCCACGCACCGCAGCACCGCAGCCCGCCGCCCGUCCCUGCCGACGUACCAAGGUAAUAAAAAGAAACAAUGGCCGACAUCACCGACCAGCACGACCAGACGUCGCCGACUGACCUCGACGAGUCGCACUCGGUCGGCAAUGGCAACGCCGCCGGCGAGACCCGCGGCAUCAAGCGACAGCGUCCCUCGGCCGCCGACGACGACGACGAUGACGACGAGAAGGGUGGCCGCGAGCGCCGCAAGAUUGAGAUCAAGUUCAUCAGCGACAAGUCUCGCCGCCACAUUACCUUUUCGAAGCGCAAGGCUGGCAUCAUGAAAAAGGCCUACGAGCUGUCCGUCUUGACCGGCACGCAGGUCCUGCUACUGGUCGUCUCCGAGACUGGCCUUGUUUACACCUUCACGACACCCAAGCUGCAACCGCUCGUCACUAAGGCUGAGGGCAAGAACUUGAUUCAGGUACGCAAGACGGACGGCCCCCUUCCCCACGCGUUUGCGUCGCAUUGUAUCCGCUGGCCUUUUGCUUUUUGGCUCGCUCGUUGCUUUGUAUUUCGUCCAGACCCGCUCUGCGGCUUCCGCGUCAAUUCUGCAUCGUGGGUCGGCCACGGCCAAGACGCGGUUUGCGACGGGUCCCCUGUCGACGGCGCAUAGCUUGCUCUCUUUGACGCACACGAUGGGCUCUUCAGUUGCUGACUGUGGCUUUCUAGGCGUGUCUGA